UCUGCCAGAGCAGAGGAGGAAGUUUCUCGUCCCGGAAGCGCCUGUGCGGAGAUGGCUGUUCCCGGCCUUUGGUAACCGCUCCGGUGUCAGAUUCGGGAAGCUGCCGCUUGUUUUCUCCUCGGCGCCAUGGCGAGUCGCGGCCUCGGCUCCUCUGAGCACUUUGAGCGGCUGCACGAAAUCUUCCGCGGCCUGCAUGAGGAGCUGCAGGGCGGUCCGGAGAAGCAGCGCGGGAGCUCGUCCGCUGAAGAGAAGAAGUUCCUUAGAGAAUUUGAUGAAAAACAAAAAGAAGCAAAUGAAACGCUACGGGAAAUGGAAGAAGAACUGAAAUAUGCUCCGGUGUUCUUCCACAACCAAAUGAUGGCCAAAAUUCGAACUUAUAGAAGAGACCUUGCCAUGUUCCAGAGGAAAAUGAGAAGUACAGAUUUGGGAGUUAUCCCAGGAGGACACGGAGAUAAAAAAUAUGGGAUCUUCUCUGCAGAAAAUGAACAAAGUACUCAAGUACAGUCUCAGAGGGUGUUGCUGCUUAAGGGAACAGAAAGCUUGAACCGAGCCAGUCAAAGUAUAGAGCGUUCACACCAGAUUGCUGCAGAGACUGACCAGAUUGGUACUGAUAUCAUUGAAGAACUUGGAGAACAACGGGAACAACUGGAACGCACCAAAAGCCGCCUAGUAAACACAAAUGAGAACUUAAGCAAAAGCCGGAAGAUCCUACGUUCCAUGUCAAGAAGGCUUAUGACAAACAAACUGCUACUCUCCAUCAUCAUAAUUCUGGAACUAGCCAUCUUGGCAGGUAUUGUCUACUACAAGUUCUUCAGCUAGUUUUCAAAACAAAGUUUUCUGCCUUGAUGUCAAGGACUAUAUAGACACUCCCAAGGUACAUCUCUGUGGCAUAGGCUGAAAAGGGUGGAUUAUGCCAUGCUGCUGAAAGACUCUGUAGAUGAAUAUGUUACCUAAACUGACAGUUCAUCUGCUAGUGGUGCAUUACUACCAGAAGGAAGUGUGGCAAGGAAGAAAGACGCAGUGCAUUGAAGUGAUUGGUAAAACUGUAUAAUUGCA